AUAGUCGCAUACUUAGUCACCCAGUCCUCAGUAAGCAUCCUUGCUCUGCCGUCCAAGAAAAGCGGUGGCUUACCGCCCAUGGCUUUCUGUCUUAUCUACCAGCCAUACGGCUCCUCGGCCCGUGGGCCGGUCGAGUUCCCAUUAGAUACAUCAACUCGACUCCACUUCCUCUUCUUUGAUCUACCCGAUACUGCAAAAAAAGCUGUUGCCUUGCCCAUCUGGCCCCGACCCAAGUGUCAGCUAGUUAGCGAUUCAUGUCUCGGCCUGAUAGGCUUGGUUGGUGAGACUGGUUACCAGUUGCGUCUUUCAUUGCGCAAUAUUGUUGGAAUAGGAGAACCGGCGACUAUCAAUAUCCAGACUGGACGGAGAACACGACCUGGUCCAGUACGAGUAGGUUAUUCUCCCCAAUUGAUCAUGUACAAAAUAUAA